CCAUCUCUCUGACGCAGCAGUGCUAUCGCUCAUUAUUAAGGGAAGGAUCCUCACACUGGGUGAUAUAUAGUACUCCUCUUUGAAGCACAGGCCACAGGGCAGCAGCACCUCUUGAAGCAGAGACAAUGAGGCUGCAAACGCAACUACUCAUCUUGGCUUCCAUCACUGCAGCGAUGAUCAUGAGCCACGACGUCCUCGCCGGCACCACCCACGCGAUACCAGUGCGCACGUUAGGCGGCGUCGAGGAGGACGACGUGGGCUUCGCGGAGCGCGAGGAGGAGGCAUACCCGCGGAGGAGGGUGCUUUACGGCGACCAGUACAUCAGCUACAAAGGGGUGCAGGCGAGCAGGCCGGCGUGCCCCGGCUCCUGCGCUGGCCGGGGGCAGCCCUACACCGGUAGCGGCUGCCAGGCCAUCUUCGGCUGCCGCGGGCGUUAAUUAUCUUAUCUAGCAGGUACUACCAUUCCUAUUUGCUUCCCUGGCUAAGAAGCUGCGUGGAGAUUAUGAAAUGUGGGUUAUAUAUGUAUUUGUGUUGUUGGACGUGAUGAUUCUCCGGUCUUAAUAGUAAUUUUUCUUCU